AUGGAAGAAAAGAGAAUCGAUGAAAUUCCCAAGAUUAAUUCCACUACCUUAAACCUGAGCCAUCUUCAUAGGAUGGAAAUGGCCUCUGAGUCAGCAACACCCAUACCCUUGCCACUGGAGGAUGGGAUCACGCGGAAGAACUAUAGAUACAUUAAGCCGGUCUUUGCUUACAAAAACCCAGAGAUGUAUAAAAAGAACAAUGUUAUCCUCCAGUCUGAAGAAGUUGCUGAGAAAUCAUCGGAGGCUCCGACAAGGAGAUAUACCCUUGCAACUAGCAUUUUUAAACAAAGAAAUCUCAAGAUUCCUAAAGGAGAUAUAUGUAAAUUAGCCAAGGGAGUUGUGCAGACUGAUGAAAUCCAUAAGUCUGAUAGCAACCACACAAGCGCAUUUUCAAGAUACAGUGAUGGGGUAUCAAAGCCUUCGAUUAGUACAGACAAACAUGAAGAUUUGAAUAACCAGAAACCUCCCUCUUUUGCCAAAAACCAGGCUUUAUGUGAUGGAAAUGCCAAUUCAGAACAAGAGAAGAAGGACUGCCGAACUCCAGAGCAGAUCCUAAACGAAGCUAUUGAGACUUGUCAAACAAAUAUGAGGCUUGAUCAAAAGACAUACGAAGUCUUGAAGCCAAUCUGAGAUUCUCUGCUUCAAAGUGUUUCUGAAAAUUACAAAGAAGAGCAAUACCUAAAUCUUGACUUCAAUCGGAGAAACAUUAUGACUCAUUGUAGUGAUUAUACUGAAGAAAAACCUCUCUGGUUUGACAGUGACGAUCUUCAGUUUUACGAUCCCCUCAAAGAGAGGCACAAGGAACGGAUUUUGGCGUACCAAUUAGCCGCUACACAACAGGAAUUUCAUGGGAAGGAGCAUGAAAUCCAGUCAAAAUUGAAUAAAGAAAUCCCUGCUCUAAGGGUAGAUGAAGAAGACAAAGUUAUGUCUCAGAGGGGCAUCAAGAGAGCUGGCACUAAGAACAAGUCCAAUAGUUCAAAAGUUAUCGUCCUCUCUGACUCUGAGGAUCAGUCAUGAAUCCCAGUCCCAAUAACUAGGAUGGAAGAUUUGAAUGCUAAAUAUGAUGAGAAUUUAACCUUUGCUCUUAGAGAGGGUCUAAUGCACUUUUGAAGGAAAAGAGAUCUCAAGAAGGAUCUGAGAGAGGAAAAAUCUGUGUCAUUCUUAAGAUCUCCCUUAAUGACUGAUUUCAAGCAGUUCAAAAAUUGGUUAUCUCACAGAUCGAAGGACGAAAACUCAGCUACUUUGAAGAAGGCAACUUAUAGCCAGAUUAACAAUCAGAUCAUUGCAUUAGGGAUGAAGAACCUGGAGCCAAAUAGGUUUAAACAGAUCGAAUUCCAGACGUUGUUCUUCCAUUAUGCUCAUGCAGAGACCCUCAGAAUCUUCAGGAGCAUCAAGCUGUCCCUUGUGUUGGAAUUCAAGAACAAAAAGGACAUUUUAAAAGUGAUUGAGUCUUUUAAAUAACUCUUUGAGAAAAAUGGAUAGGUUUAAAAAGAUGGCAGCAGCUUGGGCAAGUGACCAGAAGCUCAUACAAGACUACUCAGAGCAUAACUACAGAGAGACCUUGCACUUGUUCAUCUCUUAUGUUGAGGACUCAAUGCAGAAUACUAAGGAGAUUCUUAAGAAGAUAGAAGAUGUCCCCACAAAAUUAGCUCAAUUAGAAGCCGAGUUGGAGGAAAAAGAUAGUAAAUAAGUAA